AUGCCACGUACUCGUACUAAUGCGACUUCGGCAUGUAUGACUUGUAAAAAGAGACACGAAAGAUGUUUAAGACUUUCUGAGGGACAAAUUUGCACAAAUUGUGAAAAGCACAACCGUGAUUGUAUUCCCGUUCCAGGGAACAAACGUGGACCAAAGCCACGCGGACUUAGAUCUAGGUCUACCAAUUUCCAACCUUAUCCCAAUAUUAACUCUUAUGGAGCUACCGAAAUAUUUCAAAAUACAUUUGUUAAUCAAUCUCCCUCAUCAUAUUACUCUUUCGUUCACGAUGAAUCAAUGCCAAACCACGAACGAAAUAUCACAUUUUUUCCUAAUUCUUUUUCCACUAGUUAUUAUUUCGAAGCUCCACAUUCUUAUAACGAACAAAAUUCAUUUUCAAGUUAUUUAAGCGAUUCCGUUGGAAUUUCACUCCCUUAUAAUAAUGUUAUGAAUACUUCUCUCAACAUUAACCCUUUUGAGAUUACCGAAACAUUCCAAAACACAUCCAUUAAUAAAUCUCCCUCAUUGUCAUCGUCUUCUUCCUCUUUCAUUCACGAUGAACAAGAGCCAAAUAACGAACCAUAUAUCACAUCAUCCUUUAAUUCUUUUUCUACUGGUUGUUCAAACGAUUCCUCCUUUUUCGAAACUCAACAUUCUCAUAAUAAUGGCAUUACUACUACUUUCAACAUUACCCCUUAUGGAACUGCCGAUGCAUUCCAAAAUAC